CUGGAAGAAAGCAUAGAGAUAUGAUCCAUGGAUUUGGCAAAAUGGAGGAAUCCCAAUUCUUUGGGAGGUGCUAAGUUAUGGCCGUGUGGAUCCAAGCUCAACAACUUCAAGGAGACGCUCUAAGACAAAUGCAGGCCUUAUACGGACAACAUUUCCCCAUUGAGGUUCGCCAUUACCUCUCCCAGUGGAUUGAGGCACAGCCAUGGGAUUCUAUAGAUCUUGACAAUCCUCAGGAAGGUGUCAGAGCUGCACAAUUGUUGGACGGACUGAUCCAGGAACUUCAAAAAAAGGCAGACCACCAAGUGGGUGAGGACGGCUUCCUUCUAAAGAUCAAACUUGGUCAUUACGCCACUCAGCUACAGAAUACAUAUAAACACUGCCCUCUGGAGUUGGUACGCUGUAUUCGACACAUCCUAUACCACGAGCAACGUCUAGUACGAGAAGCUAGGAAUAGCCCUUUACUGGCCAGCAGCAUGGCUGAUGCCGUGACUCAGAAACAUCUUCAGAUCAACCAAACUUUUGAUGAAUUACGGCUGUUCACUCAGGACACUGAGAACCAACUGAAAAAGCUUCAACAGCAUCAGGAAUAUUUCAUCAUCCAGUACCAAGAGAGCCUUCAUCUACAAGCCCAAUUUAGUCAGCUUUCUCAGCUAAGCCCACAGGAACGUAUGGUCCGUGAACCUACUUUGCAGCAAAAGAAGUCAUCCCUGGAAGCUUGGCUACACCGGGAGGCUCAGACACUGCAACAGUAUCGUGUAGAACUGGCUGAAAAGCACCAGCAGACACUGGCUUUGCUUCGCAAGCAGCAGACUAUAAUCUUGGAUGAUGAGUUGAUCCAGUGGAAGAGGAGGCAGCAACUGGCAGGAAAUGGUGGCCCUCCCGAGGGGCCUUUAGAUGGCCUGCAAGCAUGGUGUGAAAAACUGGCUGAAUUCAUUUGCCAGAACCGCCAACAAGUACGCCGUGCUGAACACUUAUAUCAGCAGCUUCCUAUUCCUGGACCAAUUGAAGAGUUGCUCUCAGAUGUUAAUGGCACAGUAACAGACAUAAUUUCUGCGCUAGUCACUAGCACAUUCAUAAUAGAAAAGCAGCCUCCACAGGUGCUAAAAACUCAGACUAAGUUUGCAGCGACAGUACGGCUGCUGGUUGGAGGAAAGUUAAAUGUUCACAUGAACCCACCACAAGUAAAGGCCACCAUCAUCAGUGAGCAGCAAGCCAAAGCCCUGCUGAAGAAUGAGAGUACCCGCAAUGAGUCCAGUGGUGAUAUCUUGAACAAUUCCUGUGUCAUGGAAUAUCAUCAGGCAACUGGAACACUGAGUGCUCAUUUCCGCAACAUGUCCUUGAAGCGGAUCAAGCGUUCAGAUCGUCGUGGUGCUGAGUCAGUGACUGAGGAGAAGUUCACCAUUCUCUUUGAGUCUCAUUUCAGUGUAGGUGGCAAUGAGCUGGUAUUCCAGGUGAAGACAUUAUCUCUGCCAGUGGUGGUAAUUGUGCAUGGCAGCCAGGAUAAUAAUGCCACUGCCACAGUGCUGUGGGACAACGCUUUUGCAGAGCCAGGACGUGUGCCCUUUGCUGUGCCAGACAAAGUGAUGUGGUCCCAGUUGUGUGAGGCUCUCAACAUGAAGUUCAAGUCUGAAGUCCAGAGCAGUCGUGGACUCACCAAAGAGAACCUCCUCUUUCUUGCCCAAAAGCUCUUCAAUAGCAACAUGAAUCAUCUGGAAGAUUAUAACAAUAUGACUGUCUCCUGGGCUCAGUUCAACAGGGAAAAUCUUCCAGGGAGAAAUUAUACAUUCUGGCAAUGGUUUGAUGGAGUGAUGGAAGUCUUGAAGAAACAUCUGAAACCUCACUGGAAUGAUGGGGCUAUUCUAGGUUUUAUCAACAAGCAACAAGCACAUGAUUUGCUAAUCAGCAAACCAGAUGGAACUUUCCUCUUGAGGUUCAGUGACUCUGAAAUUGGAGGGAUCACAGUUGCCUGGAAGUUUGAAAAUGCUGAGAGAAUGUUCUGGAACUUAAUGCCCUUCACCACUCGUGACUUCUCCAUCCGCUCCCUGGCAGACCGCCUUGGUGAUCUUCCAUAUCUCACUUUUGUGUAUCCUGACAGACCCAAGGAAGAUGUUUUCUCCAAAUAUUAUAUGCCAAUCACUUCAGCAAAGGCUAUAGAUGGAUAUGUAAAGCCACAAAUCAAACAAGUUGUGCCAGAGUUUGCUGCCUCUUCAGGAGAUUCUAUGAGUGCAGGGGCUUCCUACAUGGAACAAGCAUCAUCACCGGCUGUUUGCCCUCCUGCUCCUCACUACAACAUGUACACACAAAAUCCUGAUUCAGUUCUGGAUCCAGAAGGAGAAUUCGACUUGGAUGAUUCAAUGGAUGUGGCACGACAUGUGGAGGAAUUGCUGAGGCGCCCCAUUGACAACCAGUGGAUCUCCCAUAAUCAGUCUUGAUCCUGCCCCUUCCCUGGAGAGACCAUGAGGCAACUGUGAAAUAUUAAAAGCCCUUCCCUGAGGGAGUUUGUAGCUGCUGUAAGAAUGGGUUUCCUCAUCCUGUGGGGGACCUCUGGCUGAGAGGGUAAAGUACCUGAGGGACAGUGGGUGCUGCUUUUCCCCCCUUGCCCAUGUGGGGAAGGCGGUAGAAUAUACUGCUUGAUUUUCCAUCUGCUCUUUUGAGAAGCUUGCCUCAGGCUUUCCGCUUCUGCAUACCGUCUCCUUCUGCCAAGCUAUCCUUUCAUUUAUACUGGGAAUCCUUCUCUUCCUCUUCCUCCCAGACUGUAACACAUUGCCCUUCUUGCCUAGAAGCCUUUUGGGAUCUGGGACAAGAAGGGACUGAGCUAUGGAGGAGAGUAUUCCUUACUCAAAGCCUUGUCAUUUAAUGUCUGAUUUAUUUCUAUUCUUUGCUACUUCCAGGAUAAACACUCUGCAUUUGACUUACGCUUCCAGGGUACGUGCCUAUAUGCAGCAUUCUGUAUAAAAGAGGCAUUCACUCUGGGAGCUUUUUUUUUUUGAGCCUCCGAUGCGAUGCAGCCUAACCCUGCCCAAGUGCUCUGGAAUCUUUUUUUAAUGCCUAACCAUCCACUUCCAGCUUUUUCAAUUUACCUUGUUACAAUGAUGCUUGCUUACCUCCAAGUUCUUGCAUUUUAGUGCUAUUGGCUUUUGACAUGUCAGAUGCUUCUUUCCUAUGAAUCACAAACACAACAGAUUGUGGAGGAUGCUUCCAUUAAAAUACAGAAUUACAAUUGGAAUAAUGGUUUCCCUCUUCUUGAAUUUGAGGGUAGUGACUGGGGAGCAGUUUCAAGGAUUUGACUGCUAAGUACAGAGGGGGAAAAAAGACCAUUUGAUUUCUAAAUGUUCCAACGAACUUUUCUAGUUCUCUUCCCCCAUGCCUUCUCAUUAGGCUGAACAACUGGGAAAAACAUUCAUAUAUGCACUAUUUUUAUACCUAGUAUUCAGCAAAGCUCAGAUUAUUUUAACAGUUACAGAUUUUACACAUAUGUCUGUGGGCCGGGUGCUAUAUUUAGAAAAUGGUCCAGUUUCCAAUCCAGCCACAAUUAUAUUUUUGUUGGGACUGACAAAUUACCCAACAAAAGUCAUGAGGAACAUGGGGGGAAGAAAAUGCCUAAGGAUUGGCAUUCUCAGUUUUUGCAGGGUUUCUCCUCCUCCGUUCAUUGAAACAAACAUAUAUAUUUCAGAGAGCUUAGUUAAAAUAUAAAGAUUAGGUAGUUUUAUCUAAUCAAAAAAUUGCAACAGAGGGGCUUGACUAAUUUUUACUCCUCAGGAACUCCCCCAACUUCUGACUGAGCUAGAAAAAGCAUGUUAUAUGCACUUUGCCCUGGAGGUAACUCAUAUAACAACUGUUUGAAGGUUAGGAAAUAUACAUCUUUUGGGUAAACAAAGUCUAGUCACUUGGAAGUAAUCCUUAAAGAUCAGCUGUUGUUGAAACAAUUCCUUGCUUUCUGCUAAUACUCUUGUUUUCAAUCAAGUCAUUUCUAGGAAUAACUUUGAUACUCUUUAGGAUUGUAUAUUCAUUAUAGUGGAAUUAUCAGCAAAUGCUUCAAUCAUUAUUGUCUUUGAAAAAUAGAUUCCUUCCCCCCACCCCCAAAUAGCCUUUCUGUUGCAGAUCUUUUGGUGGUAGGUUAGCUGCUGCACUACUGUAAUUCACUUUACUUACUAAUACCUGCGAUAUGAGUAAACUUCUUUCCUGACUUCCUGCAUAAUGUUGAAAAACUGAUACCAUCUAUCCAUCUAUCUAUCUAUCUAUCUAUCUAUCUAUCUAUCUAUCUAUCUAUCUAUCUAUCUGCUUUUUCUUCUGCACAAGCUUAUACUACUUAGUAUUUUUAAGGAUUCCUUCUCACUAUAACACAUUUACUUCCAUCUUCUUUCACUGCACAGUGAUACAGUCAUUGUUGCAGUGUCAGAACUAGUAUCUCUAUAGUAUCUUUAGUAUAAGUCAUAAGAAAGUCCUGAGGACAUGUGCCCAGGACCAUACAGUUAUUCUGCAGUAGUAAUUUAGCAUCUAGCACAAAUUAAAUAUUUGAACUUUAUUUACAUUAAUUUCAUUUUUUUCAUUCAUAGUUUUGAAAUCCUUUUCUUGAUAGAUGCCUUUUUUCUCUCAUUUUAUGAUUAGUCUUUAUUUGAAUGACUGUGGGCAACAAUGCUUCUCAAAUACCACUUUCUAAGCUGGGAUAAAAUGUUCCUGGGAAGUAUCAUUAUACCCAGUUCAAAAGCUUCUCAGAUCUUAGGCCAAACUGGUGCCCUCCAGAUGUAAUGGACACUAAUACUUAUCAUUCCAGCUAGCAAUUUAUAGGGGUGGCUGAUCUAGCCCAAACUUCCUUAUUUUAUCAUCCUUAUAUGUUAGCUGACUUUCUUUCAAACUAGUUUCCUGUCUCAUAUUCUUUGGAAUUGCACAGAAACAUCCCUACUUAAAGCAAAUAUUAAUUAAUAAUUUUAUGUAGUUAUUGUAUCAGCACAAUCUUACAAAAUCUAUUCUUAAUUAUCAAUGAGAUUUGCUUCCAAAUAAAAAUGCAAAGCACAGAUGGUACACCUGCAGUCUCCCAGAUUUUUUGGAUUAUAGUUUCCAGCAUUCUGAACCUUCAUGAUCGGUGGAACGGACCUGCAAGGGACUUGCAGUUUUAAUAACUAUAUAUGAAUCACAUAAAUCAUAUUUUCCCAUUUCUUAUUUUAAUGAUAAGUCAUAGCAGCCUGGUUCACAUACUGUCUUAAGAGGUAAAGUAUGGUUCAUGAAUCACACUGUGAGGUAUGAUUACUCGUCCAAAGUCAAAUCAACCAGGUUAUGAUUUAGCACAAAUGUGUGGACACAGUUUUAAUAUAUUUGCUGGUUCUCCUGUGUCUGUAAUAGGAAACUAUCUGCAGCAGAGGAGUCUCCAUUUUAAAAAUUAACUUUGGGAUUUCUGCACAAAAAGGAUACAUUCUACCCAAGUUAAGGCCCUUUCCUGGUCAUAGUGGUAUGUUUCACAUUGUUUGUAGACUGCAUAGUAAUUCAAUACCACCAACGUGCUUGUCAAUCUCUCCCCUUAUAUUUGUUAAACUUACUAUACCAUUUGACAUUUAUUUUUUAAAACAUAGAGAAUAAGAUAUUGGAGUUCUCUAACAUUAUCUUUAUUUUGGGAAGUAAUUCUGGACUCAUGUGGCUGCAGAGACUAUUCUUAGAGAUGAUGAGUGGCUAGCCCCAGUGCUCUGGAAAUAUGUACAUCUUUCCAGAAAAAACAAAAAGCAAAAAAACAAAUAGCUAAGUUAAGGUGCUAAACUAUCUGAUCACAAUCACCAUUUAGUCUUGGAUAGAUGAGUAUCUGUAAGAGACUGUUUGUACAUGGUCAAGUCUACUUUGCAUCUUCUUUACUGAGCCUAUUCACAAUAGGUUUCAAAAUCUCACAUAUCCACAGAGGCUUCCUGCUUCCGGUGAUUUACAUGACCUGAGGUUUUAUUAAGCUCUUUCCUCCAUAGCAAGCAACAAUCCCCUAGUUGUGUUCUAAUGCCAUUGGUUGCUGUUUAAGAGCAGCACAUAGAACUGACCCAUAGGGAUGCUUUCUGCUAUAUAGAUUGGUAUGCCCACUCAAAAUGGAAAAAGAUCUGCAACAAAAGUAUGUUGUUAAUGUUAAUGGUGCUUCUGUUUAAUUUAGUAAAAAUUGCACAUACAUUCUUGGUGGACUGUGCCUACUUCAGUUUCAUUAGUCCGAUGGGUCUGUCUGAACAACUGUUAAAAAUCUGGCUAUUGUUUCAUAGUGUGGGAGGUAUCCAUAAAAUCCAUUUCAUAGUGAGGGAGAUAUCCAUAAAACUGAGACAUACAAACAUUGCACUAUUUUAAAGAAUUGUUUUGCCAAGUGUUUAAAUGGUAUACAAAGUAAAGUUUUCUGCUAAAUAUAUUAUUUGUGUUUG